CCCGUAUAUUAUUCCCAUUUUCCCCUUUCAUUACACUUCAAAAAUAUAAUCUUACACUUCUAUAUAUGAUCAGUUAUGAUGGAGAUGGUCAUUCUCUUUUGUCUUUACGCUUGUUUUUGUAUAAGCUCUAGCAAGGGCACAAUGAAUCAACCAAAAAAUGUCAGUGUACAAGCAGUCUUAGCAUUCGGAGACUCCACGAUGGAUCCGGGGAAUAAUAACUACAUCAAAGCUUUGUUCAAGGCAAACUUCCCCCCUUAUGGAAAGGAUUUUAUGGGCGGAACACCGACUGGAAGGUUCUCGAAUGGGAAAAUCGUUACUGAUGUUUUUGCCAAGGAAUUAGGAGUGAAGGAGUAUCUUCCGGCAUAUCUAGACCCUUCCAUACAAGACAAAGAUCUUCAAACCGGUGUUAGUUUUGCUUCUGCCGGCUCUGGAUAUGAUCCCCUAACAACCACAAUAACGUCGGCUAUACCAUUACCAGUUCAGUUGGACAUGUUCAAACAAUACAUGGGGAAGCUCAUCAAGAAAAAUGGGAAAGAAGUUGCCAACAAUAUAAUCAGCAACAGUGUAUUUUUUAUUUCUGCAAGCUCCAACGAUUUUCUGCUAAACUACUUCUCUUUUCCCACCAGAAGAUCACAAUAUGAUGUUCGUGCUUAUAAUGAUAUGCUGGUAAAGCAGGCAGUAGGCUUUGUACAGGAUUUACACAAACUGGGAGCAAAAAAAGUAGCUGUCCUUAGCGCAGCGCCAAUCGGCUGUGUACCAUUUGAGAGAACUUUAGCUGGAGGAACACAUAGAAUGUGCGUAGACGAGUACAACAAAGCAGCACAAUUGUUUAACAGCAUGCUAAAACAACAGCUCCAACUGCUUGCAAGCAGCCUUCAUGAGUCCAGGGUUGCCAUUGUUGAUUUCUACAAUCCACUCAUAAAAAUUCUUGAAAAUCCUCAGCAAUAUGGCUUGGAAGUCACAGAUAGAGGCUGUUGUGGAACCGGAGAUGUAGAAUUCAGUUUCUUUUGUAAUAAACUGAGCCCAACAUGCAGCAACACCUAUAAAUUCCUAUUUUGGGAUAGCAUCCACCCAUCAGAAAAAGGAUAUAGCAUCUAUGUCGAUCAAGUUCUACCAGAUUUGGUCAAAAGUUUGUUCUAAGGUCAACAGAUUUAACUUCUAAGAUAAAUUGUUGGUGUUGAAAUACUGGACCUUGUUUAUUUAUGAAUGAAUAAUACUUUGGUUCUUAUGUAUCGAAAGAAAGUAAGAAAAAGUUUGUACACC